AAGGAGUCAGUUACGAUAUAUGCGCUAGUCAGGCGUAAACACCAAUGUCAACAAAACAAGUGUCAAAUUACUACUUGACUUGUAGUUAUAAUUUUUGAACUCGCGAAUUCUAUCGCCCUUUACACUGACAACAGUUGCCACAGGUUGUUUAAUCGAUAACUUAUCACUUCGUUGCGUGCUUGGAGUACAUCCAUGAGUUGCUUGUUACAAAGUAUUUUUCUGGCAACAAUCAAGCAAAAUUUCAAACAAAAGUUGACUCGAGUUUAGCUAAUUUUUCGCGCUUCCAGAUGAAAUCGGAGAAGGAACCGUUAUACAGUCACAAUGAUUUCGUUUUUGAGGCCAAAAAAAUCACUCUCGAGGAACAGUUUGAUCGUCCCGUAAAUCUAGCUGUAUCAGACGGUGCAAAGCAAAAGGAAACUGGUAAAACAAACCCGAAAUUGACCUCCGAUUCCACCUUUACCAAACCAAUCAGCCAUUAUAAGCAAUUGCCUUACUCGGAUGGACCAAAUACUCAAAUGCCCGUUAAACCGAUCAAUGAUCGACUGGUUUGUGAAGUUGCAAAAACCAGCAUGUUAAGACGGUACUUUGCAAAGUGGAGGUCCGAAACAAAACCACCAAUCAAGCACACGAAAAAGCUGAAUGUAUUUAUUGGAAAUCUUAAAAAUUACCAACAGGAAGCGAUUCAGUCUUCACAAUCCCCAGGGCGCGAAAGCCGCAGUCAAAACCCGUCCGAAUUAUUCACGAACCGAUACAAGUCGCAAAAAAUCAUUAUCAAUACCCAACGCUCAAAGAUCGAAGAACAGAACAGGAUUAUUAGCGAGCUGAAAUUGGGCAUCAUACGGGAAGACCUUCUAAAAUCGAUAGAGAACACGAAAAUUGAUAUUCGAGACAUUUUCAGUAACUGUUCGGAGAAACUGCUGACCGCUGCACCUUUGUUAAGGGCGCCAGAAGAGCGGAAAAAGCUAAUGAUUUUGUCGCAAAAAGCUCCAAAAACCAUACAGAAAAUGCAGCAGCGCGCCAUUGAAAGGGCACAGUAUCGAGAAAUUAUUCUAGAACGAAAAAAGCUGAUAGAGGAAACACGUCAGAAGCUGCUUGCAGAAGCUAUAGAGAAGAAAAGGGUUCUGGAAGAGGAAGAAAAAGAGCACAAUUUGAGAGCAAUCAAUGAACAGAGAAAAAAGGAAUUGCUGAGGCAGAAAAGGCGUCUCGAAAGAAAGCAGGAGUUUGAGCGGAAAUAUUCAAAGGCCCAGCGAUUCUAUAACACAGCUCUAACCAGACAGUGCUUGCGGAAACUUUUCAGCAACUACGCGAAAGCGAAGGAAAAUUACACAUUGGCAAAGGAAUUUUAUUUGCAUAAGCAGAAAACUUGGAUAUUCAAAGCAUGGCUCGGAUACGUAGAAACAAAAUUCGAGACAAAGUAUACAGUGGCGGAUGCGCACUUUGCGCGCAAAGCCCUCGCAAAUGCCUUCGAUAAACUGAAACUGAAUAAACUAGACAGCGUUAGAUCCAUGCAAGUUGCUGAAGACUUAUAUGAUUUCAGGCUUACAUGCAACACGUUCACCAAUUGGCACAGAUUCGUCUGCAAACAAGUGAUGCUAGAGAGCAAGCGAACCGCGAUCUCCUUAAAACACUACAACAGGAAGCUGUUGUUUCAGUGUUUCUACCAGUGGCGAUCGUUGCCUGUCGUCAUCCAACUGGAAGAAGCCAAGGAAGAGAAAAAGAGGAAAUGGAGAGAAAAAGUUUGGGAUAUUCUGCCUGACUACCGGCCGUCAGAAGAAGCAGCACAUUUUUAAUACGUUUAAUUUUUGAUAUACACCAACUUUUCUACAUAUAA